AUGGCUCUCAACUCUUCUUCCGAUAAGGUUAUCACACCCACAGAUGAUGAACUUCUACAACAAUUCCUCUACAACAAAAUUCAUAACAAACCUUUGCCCAAUCAUAUCACCAUUCUUGAACACGAUUUGUUCGGCACUGCAAAGAAUCCAUGGGAGAUUUGGGAAGAGUUCGGAACUUCCAACUCAAAUCGUGGAAAAGACUUAUACUUCUUUACAACCUUAAAGAAGAAAUCUGCAACUAGCUCGCGCGUAGUUCGCACUAUUGGACUUGGUAGAUGGGAAGGUGAAGAUUCUGGAAAAAAUAUAUUCGCCAAAGACAAGAACCAAAUCCUUGGCAUGAAAAAACGUUUUCGUUUUGAGAAGAGUGACACUUCUCAAGAUGGUGGAUGGAUUUUGCAUGAAUAUAGCCUCCACAAUUCUUUGAUAAGCAAUCCUUUGGACAAUAAUUAUGUUCUAUGCAGAUUUAGAAAGAAUUGCACUCACUUACCUGUAAGCAAAAAUAUCGUUGCACAAGAUAAACCAAGAAAGAUAGUCGUUCCUGAACCUGCGGCAAUCACCAUACCUGGUAAGAGAAAAUAUAUAAUUUAUGAAGAACCAACAAAAGAAUCAAAUGGUACUGUGGUUAAUACAAAGUCUCAUCGUAAGGAAAAAGAAAAAUAUGUGGAAUGGACAAAAGAGAACUUUGUUCUUGCACUCGAAGCACCCACCAAAUCUGAGAACAAUAACGUUUGGUUGAAGGAAAAUAUUGACCAAAAUCCAAAUAAUCAACUAAACAAUGGGAAAAACAAGAUUGAAGAUGAUGGUGAUGUCAAUACAAGCAAAGAAGAAGAUGGUGAUGCUAUUAUGUCUUGGCCUGAGUUGUUUUCGUUGCAGCUGAGAGAGAUGAAUGAAGGAUGCUUGAUCGAAGAGGAAGAUGUUCCAAUGAUUUCCAAUCAGUUUUAUAAGGACUUAUUGUCGGAAAAUAUUAAUAUAAAUUAA